AUGCUAGUCUGCCGUUAACCCCGCCUACGCGAUGUGCCGCCGCUACAUGCGCUGGCGUCUAAAUAAUGCAUAACGUUUGAUGUUAACUAUCUUUAACCAGCCAAAACACUUUGUACCAAGCAGCGGAGAAGGAGUUUGAGCUAGAAUGUAGUUAGGCUGUAGCUUCUUUGUUUUUCCAAUAUGAAGAAUGGAAGAAGACGAUGUUACUAUAAGAGAGCAGAAUUUUCACAGCCAAGUUCGAGAGUACAUUAUCUGCUUUCUCCUGUUUGCUGUCCUCUACAUUGUGUCCUAUUUCAUCAUAACCAGAUACAAGAGGAAGAGCGAUGAUCACGAGGAUGAAGAUGCUGUUGUCAACAGAAUAUCAUUAUACCUGUGCACCUUCACACUGGCAGUGUCUGGUGGUGCAGUCUUCCUUCUGCCUUUCUCAAUCAUCAGUAAUGAGGUCCUCCUCUCCUUCCCCAGAAACUAUUACAUCCAGUGGCUCAACGGCUCCCUCAUCCACGGUCUGUGGAACCUGGUGUCACUGUUCUCCAACCUUUGCCUUUUUGUCCUGAUGCCGUUUGCAUAUUUCUUUUUGGAGUCCGAGGGAUUUGCUGGAUCAAAAAAGGGCAUAAAGGCACGUAUUCUGGAGACGUUUGUGAUGCUCUUCCUGCUGGCUUUGCUCAUUCUUGGCAUAGUGUGGGUGGCAUCAGCCCUAAUCGACAAUGAUGCAGCCAGUAUGGAGUCCCUGUAUGAUCUUUGGGAAUUCUACCUGCCAUACCUUUACUCUUGUAUAUCUCUGCUAGGAGGCCUGCUUUUACUCAUGUGUACUCCUGUAGGAUUAUCCAGGAUGUUCACUGUAAUGGGCCAGUUACUCGUCAAACCAACGAUCCUAGAGGACCUAGAUGAGCAGAUUUACUGCAUCCAUUUGCAGGAGGAAGCCCUUCAGAGGAGAUUAAACGGGUCGUCUUUACACACCUACAUCCGAGGAGGCUUUACUCACCAGCUCAACAAAGAUUUGGAAAAUAUUAGAAAUCAGAGAAAUAAACUGGAAAGAAGAAAGAAAGCAUCGGGAUGGGAGAAGAACUUGUUGUAUCCUAUAGUGAUGCUGAUCCUCCUUGCAGGAACGACAAUCUCUGUUUUCAUGGUGGCUCUGAAUAUCCUCUACCUUCUAGUGGAUGAGACUGCCAUGCCCAAGGGUUCAACAGACAGAGGCAUUGGAAACACAUCCCUGUCCACUUUUGGCGCGGCUCAGGCAGUGCUGGAGAUCAUCCUCAUGUUCUACUUGAUGGUGUCUUCUGUCGUUGGCUUCUACAGCCUGCGUGUCUUUGAAAGUCUCACUCCUAGAAAGGAUGACACAACCAUGACAACGAUCAUUGGUUGCUGCGUGUCCAUCUUGGUGCUGAGUUCAGCCCUUCCAGUAAUGUCCAGAACUCUUGGUAUCACCAGGUUCGAUCUUUUGGGAGACUUUGGGAGAUUUAACUGGCUGGGAAACUUUUACAUUGUGCUUUCUUACAACUUGCUUUUUGCCAUUGUGACGACUCUUUGUCUUGUGAGAAAAUUUACCUCGGCGGUGCGGGAAGAGCUCCUAAAGGCUCUAGGUCUGGAUAAAUUGCAACUGUCAAGCAGCCCCACAGACCCUGAAUCUGGGAAGCUCUCAGCCAACGGGCAUCAGAAAACUCUGUAAAAAUGGGACGACAGAUCAAGACCCGCAUUAUCAGAGCCAAAGGAAGAUUUGGACAGUACUGCCUGACUGCUGAAAGGUGAAAAGGAGAGGAAAGAACUUAAUAAACCCAGGCAGUGUCUGUUUGACUGUUGCUGCAAAAGGAGGCUGAGAGCAAUUUAGCUUCGUGACAUUCCAUCCUCUGCGUCUCUGAUGGAAGCUGGGACGGAGCCAGGUCUGAGACCGAGGAGUGAAAGAGACUGGCAUUGCUGCAGUGACCUUGAUGCUAACCUCAACAGCGACUGUGACUGUAAACUACCCAUCUCUCGCUUCAGGGGCAUUCCUCCCGCCAGUGUCGUCAUCUAGAUUUCUUCCACAACCUUUAAACCAUUGCACUAGAUAAAAGCAGACCUCUGCCUGACUUCUCUGUGUCAAAGUCUUAAAUUAGGCUUCAAUACAACUCACCAACUAAAUGUAAAAAAAAUCUUUAAAUGUCAGGUUUUUCUUUCCUUUUAUCUGUUAACUCACACUAAAUAGUCUGUUUUCUGAUUGUUUUGUGAAUAGAUGCAGGCAUUAUAGGGUUUGUCAUUUUUUCAUUUAAGCUGAAAUUAAGAAAAGAAAAAUGUGGCAUGUGAAUUUGUCUUUUAUUCACAUUUAUUAAAGCCAGUGCAGAAGGAUGCACUAUAUUAUUGCAGAUUACAUCAAAUGCUUUGUUGCUGUCAAUCUAAAUGACAGGCGUCAGAUUUUAGCACUCCUCCUGCCGUUUGUCUUUUUUCUUUUUUUCUGCUUUAUGCAAAGUACGCUUUAUCAGCAAUGUCAUUAGUUUGUAGAAAAAAGGUCGAUGUCCUUCCCUGUAGAUUUAACUUAGGUGAUUCUAGUGAGGUUUUUGCCACUUUGGUCCCUCUGAUCAGAAUAAUUCAGUGAAUUUGAGGGAAUUUGGGAUUUUAUUUUUCCAAGUAUUUUAUCGUGCACAUCUAGAGGUCAACACAGUUUUGCUUAUUCCACAAAAAAUUAAAGGCACAAAAAGUUGUCAGUUUGUAAAUGUUGUAUUUAAGUGUAUAUAAGUUGUUUCAUUUUUUUAAAUAACUUUGAUGUAAACAUUUGGCUCAUUGGGUCUGGCUGAGGGUCUGACUCACUAAGGAUUUAUGUGUGUUUGCAUGGCGGUGUGUGUGGAUCUUGGUCACCUGAUGAAGGAUUGUGGGUAGGUGGUUUCUGCAUUUUCUUCCGAGGCUUUGGAGGCGACUCUAGCUUCAGCACAGAUAGGUUGUUGGUCACACUUAAUCUGUUUUUUUUUUCUCACAGAAACUCAUCAACUUUGAAAAUUAGGGGAAAAAAACUUAGAGGUUCUUUUAAAAAAAUGCAGAACAGGUGCUGUGAACAUUAUUAGAUUUUCAAACUUUUUCUCUACUAAAAAGCCAAUUUUUAUGCACUUCUGUCCUUUUUAAUGCAACAACAAAGCUGCAAAAACAACAAUCUUCCACGUGUUCACGAAACUUCCCCCCCCUCAAGGCAGCAAGACAAAUAAAACAUGGAGAACCCUUAAAACCAGAUGGGAGAAAGACUUGGUGACUCAGGCCCGUUUUCAUGUUGCAUUAUUGCGUAUUUUUCUACACUGACCUUUUGUUUGUUUCAGAACCACCUUUGAUGCCUUACACAACAAGCAUCUCGUAGGUUUCACGUUCGAAACGUUCGUAGUUUCACUGUGAUUCUGUCUUAAGUUUCUAUUUUAAAACCAGGUGGAUCAAUGUUAUCCAACUGCUCCACUUUUGAGACGUGAAUUUGUUUGAGCAGUUGCUAGCAAUAUGCAUCUUUUUUUAGUCAUCACUUUUAACUGAGCUUUUCGUGAUACCAAAAACUGCAAAAUUUUUCUGGAGGCAAAAUGUUUUUCGACAACUCUCUGCAGGUUAAGUUUAGAGUUAACAGAAAAGUAUGCCACAGAAUUUAACACAGGCGCUGUAUUCAAUCAGACUUCAUUUAAAAUAUUUAUUACAAUCUCAAAUGAUGUUCAGGGUGAUAAUACUUGAUCUGAAGAUGCUCUAAGAGCAGAAGCAAGACCACCCUGAACUAAUUACUGUGAAAGGAAAGAACGUGGGAAAAAGUGAUAAAACUAUCAUUGCCAAAUGAGUCAGUUAAAUAUAUCCAUGGAUAUUAAGUUAGUUGAAUAAAUUAAACUAGUUAAAAAAUAAACAAUGUUCCACUCCGCAGCUUAGUUUCUGGUUGGCAUUGCAGUACCUCUAUGUUGUGUGUGUAGGACAGGAUGCUCGAAGCUUUUAUUUCCCUGCAUGUAUUUUUUAGUACAUGUUUCGUGAAUGUAAUUUUUUUCUACAAUUUCUCAGUUUGAUAAUUUUUUUGUGUGUGUGUUAUUUUUGAUGUAUGUGUGUAUGGAAAUAAAAAGAAGAAAGGCUUUU